AUGCCGCUAAGAAGGUUUGAAUUUGCAAGGAAUUAACGAAAAAAAUUUGAAAAAAACUUCAUUACAAUUUUGAUUUGUUUUUUGAAAAUAAUCCUCUCAAUCAUGCUGCUCUCUACUUUUUUUCAGUACCAUCGACUCCGAGUCGCCUGAAGAAUGGCUUGAGAGACGGGCCAGAGAAGCUGGAAGACCGUUGAACAGAAGACCUCCCGAGCCUCGUAGAAGAGCUCCUUCACCAAUACGUGAAGAGGUUACUUUUAUCUUUGUGUGUUUUGAAAAGAGAGUUUACGUUUUGGGAAAAUUCUCAUUAUACUCAAAACCCCGUGAGUAUUCAACCGUAAAUUUCUUUUUUGAAAAAAAAGAUUAAAAUCAUUUCUUUGGAAAAGAAAAACUCAAAGACAAGUGGAAAACAUUCGUUCAUAGAUUUUCUUAAAACUUUGUCAUUUUCCGACUUGCAGGAAACAACAUUGACGCGACUUGCUGAAACAGUGGCGAUGAUGAAAAGAGAUCAAAAAACAGUUCCAUCAACGCUGUCAAGCUUGCUCGUAAACUCAAACGUCAGUUCAGCGGCAGCUACGGGGAAAGAAACGCACAACGGUAUCAUUUUUUUUUUUGCAAAAAUUUAUAGCAAACAAUUAACUUCAAGAAGGAAACGCUCUGAACCGCGUUGAAUCUUACAUCAAUGUAAUGCAGUCUUUAAUUCCACCAGACCAGUCUUCUGCGGCGAUGCACCCCUUGAAGGUACCUUUGCAGUUGGAUCUACAUCAAUUAAUGAAAUUUAAGGAUGAAGGAAAGAUAACCGGAAGUGGGAAGCGAUCCCAUUAUGAAGCAGCAUUAUCAGUAUGCUCUCUCAGUUUUUUUUUUAUGCUUCUAUUUUUUUAGACCGUUCCUAUGUCUUUGACACCUGUGAGCAGCAGCGAAGAAACUUCGAGACCUGGAACGGAAACAAGCACCGUGCUGAGCUUAUCAAAGAAAGAGGAGAAGGAAAUUCGGAAGAGGGAACUCCAGCGACAACGUGAAAUGAAACGUCAAGCCAAACGAGCUAAAAAAGAAGAAAGCCGUGAAAAAAUCUCGAACAAUUCGGAAAAUCAAGUGAAAUUAGAUGCCGUGGCUGUUAAAAGGACCCGAAAGAACGUCAAGACGUCGAAGUCCAAGAUGAAGGAUUUCAAACUUCGCAAAGAGGGCUUUCCUUCCGCGUUUGUUGCCUACAGCCGUGGAGAAAAAAUCGCAAUUAUUGAAAGGCCAUGUCUUGGAAAAUGGAAGAAACCUGUCAACAACAACAUCAAAAUCAUCAAACUAAAAAGAUUUUUUCACCACAACGUCAAGAUCUACUUGCGGAAGAAAUCUGUCAUGAGCUUGCAAGACAGAGUUCGUUUAGCUAAUCGAAUUAUUAUCAAUUUAUUGGGAAAUCGUCCGCGCUUCUACUCGUUAAACCUGAAAAAGGUCUUCUUUUCAAGCGAAGGGUUUGGAGGAGUCUAUGCCAAUGUGGUCCUUGCAAAGGUUCUCCAGUCGGUAGGUAGAAACAGAAAAUUUGAAGAUAACUUGAUUGUUAUAGAAAAGCAAGGUCAUGCGUUUUGCCCGUCGGAUGACACAGAUAAAACAUUUGAAACCCCAGAAUCACGCUGAUGUGAGUAUUUAGAUAACUCCAUUGAAAAUUUGAUUUCUUAGCUUGGCCCUCCGUUUCAAAUAAAUAUUCAAGGACACAUUCAAAGAAUCUACAAUAAGCCAGAGGUUUCAAAUUGAUUAUCUUCUAAAAUAACGACAAAAAGUUCAGCCGAAACCCCGACUUGUCGAUUGCUCUGAAAUGGUCGAGACAAACGAAGCCGGAAAAAGCGAAUCGGUGAGUUGUUCUUUUAAAGUUCAUUAAUGAUUUUGCAUUUCAAACUUCAUAUUUUUUCGGAUAAUGAAAUAAACUUUAGCAAAUUUCUUUGAUCGACAUCUUAUCUCGCGUCUUGAAACAACCCGCGGUCCAAGAAGUCGAAAAUGUAUGUUUUUUGAAAGGGUGAUAUAUCUAAAAUGAUAUUUUCAGCGCUUUUCUACGACGAUCAAAAUUCCCGCUGAAGUUAUGCAAAAGCAUAUGGCCCGCAAAAACACAUUGGUAAGCUUUGUCAUGAAUUCUUGAAACUGAAAUCUGGUAUUCAGAAUAUGAUUUUGAAUGCUUAUGGUCCAUAUGAAAGCGGAGCUUCAGGAUCUCUGGCAAGUCAAUUUGUAAGUUUGUCCAAUUAAUGCCUAAUGUAAGUAUCCUUUUUGAAGAUGAACACGUUGUCCGGCGCGAGUGGAAUAACUUCUCAGGUCGCCUAUGAAGCAGAGAAGUAAGCUCUUUUAUAAAGAUUUCAAUCAGUUAAUUCUUCGUGAUGCAGAGAAAAUUCAUGAUUUUACAACUUAUAAGAAGGCUCAAAGAUUUCGGAAUGAGACUGUCAUUAUCAGUUGACUUUUUUUGAAUUUUUAUAAUUAUGAAAAAAAUUCAGGCGAAUAAAAAUAAUGUUUUUUUGAAAAAAAUCAAGCACUAUAAAAAUCUGACAGUAAAAAAAGAAGCAACACGACUGUGCUUUGACAGAAUCUAUCAAAAAAGUAUCUUUGUUGUUCACCUUACAAACGCAUUUCUCCCCAAGAUCAUGAAAAUCAAAUAUAAGAUUCACUUCAAAGUUAUUAUAAAAAAUCCUUUUUCAGAGGAGUCGAACAAACUGCACAGUUUCCCGCUACCGGUCCACCUGGAGUCAUGGGCAACAUAAGCGCUUGCUUCUUCGCUGAUUCUGAAAGAACACCAACUUCGAAUGGGGUUUCAUCGCAAACGACGUCUGCUGCAUCGCAAAAAUACAUGAUGGCCAACUUAUUGAAGCCAGAAGGCACUGCUGUGGGCCAGCUUUUCGAUCCCCAGUCGCAGCAAGGAGAGAAAAGUAUCGAAAUACCGGUGAAAGAAGUACUCCAGAAUCUAUUGAUGAAAGAUGAACUCGGGCGACCCGUGUUUCCGAGAAGUGAGAGAGAGAAAGAACAGGAAACAAUGAAUAAAAUUCUCGGAAUACUGCAAAACUAUGGAGCGGCUAAUGAGAAAGAUAAACGACCGGAAGAAUUCCUGCAGCCUAAUGGUGGAGAGCAACACGCCUGGACAAAUAAUCAACUCAAAGAACAAAGCCAACAGGAACUUCGAUUGAAACAAGGUCCCCAAAAGAAGCAGCCACAAGAGAAGAAACCGAAGGAUGCUCCACGCCGACGAUACCAAAAGAGGCAGAAGAAAGAAGAAACGCAAGGAGUGCAGCCGAAUUUGGAGGCACAGAGAGAAAACUUCAACAUGCUUUGGCAGAUGCAGAUGCAGAUGCAAGAACAGCAAAUCCGGAGACAACAGAUGCCUGUUCAGCCUCUGGGGCAAUUCGUGCAACCAGUGACUCCUCCGGUCCCAAACUAUACCCCUAAGAUAAUGAUAACUCCAUCGCAUCUCCUGUCUGCACAAAAAGAACGGCUCGCGCGCUUGCAAAACAUCCAAGCAUUCCAAAUGCAAUCGCAAACGCAAACGCCUCCGAUGUUCCUGGGACUUCCUUUCGCGACAGACCAGUCAAAUACGAUUGCGUAUCCAUUCCAGAACCAGAACCACUCAAACAAUUGGAAUGUCCAGAAUCCUCUCAACGCAUACUCGCCCGAAGUCGUCAGGUUGUUCCAGGAAUUGACGGGAACGACUUUCGUCCCUCCCGUCUUUCCAAAUGUCGCACCUAUGCCCCCGACGCCACCUCAGCCACAGCGUUUCAUCCCGCACAACGAUCUUAUCGCAAAUCGGAUGCACACGGUUCCAUCACCGGUUCUUCUAGUGCAGCCAUACGAAGAACAUCAGAUCACUGUACGCGAGCAGAUCAGGUCAGUCCAAGUUCUCUCUGUUUGUCAAAGUCAAAAUGAUUUAUUCUCAUCACGCCAAGCUUAAAGUCAGCCUGUAAAAAGCGAUCAAUUAGUGCAAAAACGGAGCUCGAAUUUAUUUCACUUUUAUAAUAGAGCAAUGGGAAAAUACACAUCUUGAGAUUUUGGGCACUUCAAACCUGAAAAAUGCAAAAAAUUUCACUCUAUUUACUUUUUGACCAGUAUAAAUCACCUCAGAGAUAUAACUAUCUCAUUGAGAUGAUGAAAAAUAUUUGUAUGGCUAUCUUGAAAUGUCCUAACUUGACUAAAAAGACAAAAAAAUUUGAAGUUGUCAAUUUUUUUAUUUUUUUUCACAACUAUGUUCAAGCUUCUGAAUUUCCAACCCUUUUUCUUCGAAAAAUGAUUCUUGAUAAUCUUCAAAAAAAUGAUUCAUUUUCUACCUAUAAAACAAAAGAUUAUCUGUCCUGAAAAUUAAUUCAUAAAACCUCAUUACUAAAUUUCCAGAAAUCCAGCUCCAAACAUUGAAAAUCAGGCUCAAUUUGGCUUUCCGCCGUCCUCUUCUGGACUGAAUUUUUUCAACUGUUGGUUUCUUCUUUUUAUUCUUUUCAACCCAAACUGA